ACAGAGUAACCCACCUUCGUUCUGUUCUUCCGGACGCUCACACCAGAGGGUCAAUUUUAUUUUCUUACAAAAAAUAAAAUAAAAUAAAAUAAAAAUCGAGUGCAUUCAGAAACCGCUUUAAGGCCUCAUCUUCCCACAGUAAAGAUGGCGACGCCGUGAGUAAGUUACAAGCAACUCCACUUCCGCAAUUUUCUUGCGCCCUGGUCCAAGAUGGCGGACGAGGCCACCCGGCGGGUCGUGUCUGAGAUCCCGGUGCUGAAGACUAACGCCGGACCCCGAGAUCGGGAAUUGUGGGUGCAGCGACUAAAGGAGGAAUAUCAGUCCCUUAUCCGGUAUGUGGAGAACAACAAGAAUUCAGACAAUGAUUGGUUCCGACUGGAGUCCAACAAGGAAGGAACCCGGUGGUUUGGAAAAUGCUGGUACAUCCAUGACCUUCUCAAAUACGAGUUUGACAUCGAGUUUGAAAUUCCUGUCACGUACCCCACUACUGCUCCAGAAAUUGCAGUCCCUGAGCUGGAUGGGAAGACAGCAAAGAUGUACAGGGGUGGCAAAAUAUGUCUGACUGAUCAUUUCAAACCUUUGUGGGCCAGGAAUGUACCCAAGUUUGGACUAGCUCAUCUCAUGGCCCUGGGGCUGGGUCCUUGGCUGGCAGUGGAAGUCCCUGAUCUGAUUCAGAAGGGUGUGAUCCAGCACAAAGAAAAAUGCAACCAAUGAAGGAUGAAGCCUCUGAGGCAGGACAGAGGAACUGUUGCUAGACUCUAUUCAUUCCUGCUUUCUCCUUUCUCAUGAUUCCUUCAAGGGGUCACCUCUGGCUGUUACAAAGUAGCUGGAGGGACAAAUACAAAACCCAACAAGAGGGCAAGGUCGCAACGUUUCUAAAUUAAGCUAUACAGAGAGGUGAAAGAUUUGGGCCUUGAAAUAGGCAAUUUGUAUCUCUUCUCCAAGUAGAGCCCUGGAGGCAUUUUGGAGGCAUGAGGUGUAACUGACAGCAUAUAGCUUUUUGGUUUCUGGAGACAACCUGUCAAUAAAAGCUGCUUCCCAUGGUG